AUGGGGCCUCCCUCCACGUCCGCAGCCCUGCCUUUCCUCGUCACUCGUGACACCAAGCGUCGCAGCCACCUUGCAGCAUCCUGGCAGGCUUCGCUCAAGACCACAACGAAUCUUGCGAAUCUUCUGGUCAAACACGUCCACUUUCCUGUUGCCAGGAUCGCACACACGGUGCUUCCAAAACCACGCCGUCGUUGCGUUAGGAAACCGAUGAACGGAAAGGCGAGAUCAGCUUAGCGGGAAGUUGACGGUGCAGCAACAUGCGUGUCCUCGGGCGGACAACGUCUCCAAAUUUCAACAAGUUCAACGCUUUGGUAGCGCUUGCGACCAGCUGCUUAGCAUGCAUUUCGCUUGUAGCGCCGCUGAGCUCUGCUGCACAGUCUCACUCACCGCCCAUCUCCGUCUCGCUGCAGUCUCCAUGGCCGGCAACCCCUCUGCUGCUGGAGAUCCUCGAGGCUGCGCACACUCAGGAUCCCGAUAGCUUCUGGCCACUCUUAGAUCGUCUCACAGAUCAAUCAGUUGUGCUAGAUCGCAACGCCUCGGAUGAACGCACCUACAAAGCAGCUGUACAGGCGCUCGACGAUGCUGGGCUGCUCGAGAAGCUGUGGGAUCGCCAGCUGUGGAAUUGGGCGCUGGCUAUGCAUACAGAGGCCCCAAAGGUGACCGCUUUCUGGCAAAUGUAUAACAGAGGCGGUGCGGAGGAGCGCUGGUCGAAGAGAUCACAGGAACCGGCAGUCGACUGCGGAAGCUGGGUAGCAUGGGGACAAAAGGUGCUCUGCACCGCAUCGGAGGUGGCAGAAGCCUUAGGUACGGGCUCUGAAGCCGAGUGAGUUUCUCCAGGGCUGAUUUGGUGCUACGGAGCGCUGAGGGCUGAUGGCGCAAAUUUGGCUCGAAGCACAACACUCUUGGAGGUGCCUUUCGACCACAUCCGUCACUCAAAGCAAGGUGCGCCAGCAUCAUCUGGCUUAGCAAAGCCGCGUGUAGCCAUCCUAUACGCGGACCCUUACUCUGCAAACUUUAGGUCUCUGCAUCAAGAACUGAGUAGACAUGUUUCCGCUGAUCAAAGCCCAGCGUUGCGAUACGUGCUGAGGUGGAAAGCUCCUCGGGCGGAAGAAGCUGCCAUAUCUCCAGCUCUUUUGGCAGGCUAUGGCGCGACUUUGGAUUUAAAAAAGGUGGACUACCUCGUCAUCGAUGAUCGUAGAAUCAAGGAGUCCGCGCUUGCCGAUACGGUACAAGGGAAAUCACUCCGGUCAGCCCAGUCUGAGGGCGACUUGACCGAGCGCGAAUGGCUGGACAAGCUCAUUGGCACAACCGAUGAGGACAAGGCAGAGUCUCUGGGCAACCUGAACGAAGGAGAAAUCACUGGUGCGUCAUUGAUGUGUCACUUGGUACUUGCAGCACCGCAAACUUACCGUAUCCUUCUCGACAUCAGAUCUGGGCGCCAAGGCUACACAAUUGAUCAUCCAAUCGCCUGAUCCCCUACGAGCUCUGGCUCAGCUCUCACAUGACUUUCCUGUUCAUGCCGUGGGCCUUGCGAGGAGAGCUGCAGGCCCAAAGCAGGAGCUUCUUGAAGAGCUGGAAGAAAUGCACACUACCGCGAUGGAAGCCGGCUCGAGCGACAUCUGGCUGAAUGGCAAGGCGCUCGCCGAGAAAGAGAUCAGCCCUCUUGGGUGAGUCGGGUGUAGGGCCGGCACAGCUUGUAGCGUAGCAUGCUCACAUGAGUUGGCGGAUGACGGCCAGGCUUCUGGCUCCUCUGCGAGCAGACCAGGCCCAUAUCACUUCUUUGACGUCCCCUUAUCUCAAUCUCACGCCUGCCGCCGCGCUUGACCUGUUGACGUACGCUCCGAUCGGUCAAGCGCAGGAUCCAGACGCGUCUUCAAACGUCUUCUUUGAUGCCAGUGAUCGCAUCGAAAGGGGCAUGCCGAGAGGCGCAGCAGCUUCGGUGCCUCAGGCAGCUCCCAAAGACGCGGAGUCGUCUGCGGAAGGAUCACGCGAUUUGAAUUUCCCGCGCGAAGGUGCAAUCACCUAUCUCAACGAUUUGGAGAAGGACAGCAUGUACGCGAGUUGGUCUCCCAGUUUGCAAGCAGUGAGUCACAACGAGCUCUGUGGUUGUCUGCUUCUCUCCCUAACGCAAUCCUCGCUGCUAUCCUUUUGGCGCAGCUCAUUCGACCUCUCUGGCCUGGGGCAUUUCCGCACAUUGCCAAAAAUAUCUUCAAUGUCAUCCUGGUGAUGGAUCUCACAAAGCGAGAGACGUGUGGCUUCCUUGCAGAGAGCUUGUUUCCCACCAUCCCUCGCAUUGGGUUGCGCUGGGGAUUCGUACCAGGGGGCUUGGAAGACCUGGAUCAAUUCCAAUGUGAGCGCUGAGGGGCCGUCACAUCCGUUAUCUUGUCCACUGAGGAUCUUUUACCUUUGCUCCAUCAACAGCUCUGCAGAUGGCACGCCUGUUCUGGCUACUUCAUGCAGAGGUCGGUAAUACCGGUGUAGUCGAAUGGCUCAAGGCCCUUGUGCACACUACCUCCUCCGGUCAGCAGAUCGACGUCAAGCUAGCAUUGAAAGAGGCGCGACGUGUGCUCAAGGGCAAAGCAGACGCGCUCAAUCCUGAACAGCUUCUGACCGAUCCUGAGCUAUCCGAGAGGGAGCGCAGCGUCCGAAGCUAUGUCAAGCGCUUGCAUCUCGACUUGAAGGGCAGCCACGCGCGGGGACAUGUGCUGGUGAACGGCCAACGCAUUCCCUUCAACGCUCAAGCUUUCAACGCUAUCCAUUCGCUCGUGUCGACACAAACGCAAGCGCUCGCUCGGCCGGUGCGUCGCGCAAGGCACGCUAAUCUUGCAAUACCAUGAGGCGAGCUGACAAUUUUUUGGGUUCGUCUCUGAUAGGUCUACUUCCGUCAGAUUGAUCCCGAACAGGACAUAUCGCAUUACUUUUAUGAUCUGCCCACCACGUUCACCUCUAGAUCCAGUCUGGUGUUCCCCGACGAGGAGAUGAGCACUCCUGACAAUCCCGCGCCUGCCGCUGUCAAGCCGCGCGCAGUUGACCUUGUGAAAGCGGCGGACACCCUCAAGAACAAAGCGGUUGUAGAGCGCUUCGUGUAUUCGCCCGCCUUUGAAAAGGUGAAUGCAACGGUAUGGGUGGUGGGCGACUUGGAUUCUCAAGAGGGAUCAAGCCUCGUACGCGAAGCACUCAACGCGCUGGUACGUCACUUUCGAGAGGCUCAAACGGAUUAUCUGAGGGCUGAUCUGCGCCUACCUCAUGUGUGCAGUCCCAAAAUGCAUUUCGUCUUGGCUUUGUGCAUGUACCGCGCAGGCCUUCGGAGGCUAGUCGCUUGCAACCCUCAGCAAGCUUGUUGUCCACCUUUUUGCACGACAUGUUAAAAAUUCCGACGGAUCUCAAGUCGAAGCUUGGCCCCGAGAACUUGAUCGAAUUAGUCGAGGGGUACCAAGGCUCGCUCCGAGACAUUGUCACAGAGGGUCGAGUCGAGGGCCAGCAGGUCUUUGGUCAUGCAGACCCGCAAGAUGACGUCUCGGCAAUGAAGGAGAAAGGAUGGAACACACCGGCUGCUACUGCAGCAGGACUGUUCUGGGACGAGGCUGCCCCAUUCGCGAAUGCUUUGGGCAUUGAUAAGCGAGAAUUCGGAAUCGUGCUCAACGGCAGAGUGCUGACGGGCUUCAAUGCACAGAACAUCGACUCGGGCGACUUUGAAGCUCUUGUCUCUCUAGAGUCUCGCAGGCGUAUUGAUCCGGUCGUCGAAGGACUGUCGCAGGCGGGCGUCCAUUUUGAAGGUCUCAACAAAGAAGAUCAUGCGCAGAUAGCAACCUUUGCAACCUCGAUCAUGAGCUCUGUCUAUUACGUCGACGAAGCGGCCGAGGGCAUCUUCCAGCCACCGCAGACCGCUCGCAGUUCACUUUUCGAUCAGAUUGAAGCUCGGCACACUUCAUUUGAGAAAGGAGACAGGUCUACCGCGCACACUCGGCUCUUCGUGGCUCUGGAUCCCCUCUCUGAGCGCACGCAGUCAUGGAUGCCCGUCUUGAAGCUCAUCGCGAGCAUGAAGGAUACCUAUAUUCGCAUCAUUCUGAACCCAGAGACGAAGCAAACCGAACUGCCGCUAAAGCGGUUUUACCGCUCGAGCGCUCCGACGCAGAUGUCGUUCGAUGCGUCUGGCAAGCAGCAAGGCUCUAAGCUGCAAUUCUUCGGCAUGCCGGAGGAUGCAGUGCUUACCAUGGCGCUGGACACCCCGCCAUCAUGGCUACCAAUGGCGGCGGAAGCGGUGUACGAUCUGGACAACAUCCGACUUCGAGACGUACCUCUUAGCGGUCGAGAAGCGGGCGUCAAUGCGGUCUACGAGCUGAAGCACAUUUUGCUCGAGGGUCAUGCACGUGAGGAAGGCGUUCCCGGUGCGAGGCAGAUACCGCGAGGUCUCGAGCUAGUGCUAGAGUCGCCGGAUGGCGCUGUGCAGCUCGACACCAUAGUGAUGGCGAACCUGGCCUACUUCCAAUUCCGUGCGCAGCCUGGCUUGUAUCGGUUACGCAUUCGAGAAGGAAGGAGUAGUGAGCUUUUCGAGAUGCGUAGUGUUGGUAACCAUGGUUGGGAAAGCCCAAGCGUGAAUCAGACAGGUGAUGCUGUCACUGUGGACACUCUGCACGGACUGACCAUCUAUCCCAGAGUCAAGCGACGUCCGGGCAAGCAAGAAGAAAGCUUGGUGGUUGAUCUGGACGAGGAUAUGCCAUCUGGGGAGGAAGACAGCGCAGGAAAGGGACUGCUGGCAGCUGCAAGACAAGCGUUCAAAGCUGCGAAAGGCAAAGCAGAUGAGGUGGUGAACAAAGCUGUCAGACCUGUAAGCAAGCGGUCCAGCGCAGAUAUCAACAUCUUCACAGUUGCCAGCGGGCAUCUGUACGAGAGAAUGACCUACAUCAUGAUCCUUUCGUGAGUGGCUUCGAAAUUAUAUGGGUGAUGCAUCUGCUUACCAAAAAUUUUCGGCCCACGCAAUCCAGCGUGCUGAAGCACACGAAGUCUAGCGUCAAAUUUUGGUUCAUCGAAAAUUUCUUGAGCCCUUCGUUCAAGGAAUUCAUUCCCCAUCUGGCCGAGGAGUAUGGCUUUGACUACGAGCUGAUCACGUAUGCGUGGCCUCACUGGUUGAGGGGACAGCGCGAAAAGCAGCGCAUAAUCUGGGGCAUGAAAAUCUUGUUCCUAGACGUUCUCUUUCCACUUGAUCUCAGCAAGAUCAUCUUCGUAGAUGCAGAUCAGAUCGUACGAUCUGAUCUUCAAGAGCUGGUCAAGACGGACCUGCACGGUGGUGAGUAGAGAGUAGCUGCGUUGAUCGCUCAGCAAUCGAUGCGCUCCGCGCUGACGUUUGCUGUGCGCCUUUCCUUCUCAGCUCCGUACGGUUAUCCGCCUAUGGGCAACGACUCUUACGACAUGGACAAUUUCAGAUUUUGGGAACAAGGAUAUUGGAAGAAUUUCCUGCGAGGCAAACCGUACCACAUCUCGGCUCUCUACGUCGUCGAUCUGAACCGCUUCCGUCGUGUGGCAGCUGGAGAUCGUUUAAGAGGUCAUUAUCAGCAAUUGAGUGCGGACCCCAACUCGCUUGCCAACCUGGACCAAGAGUGCGUGUCGAAGUGUUUGCUGAUGUAAGAUCUUGCAGACGAAAACACUGACGUAUCCUUGGCCCGCCGACAGCCUUCCUAACAGUCUGCAAUUCCAGCUUCCCAUCUUCACGCUGGACAAGACUUGGUUGUGAGUCAUCGCACGUGCGCUUCUCGGAAUUGUCGUCGGACAGUGCGGGGGAAUUGAUACGGCGCUGCGUUGCUGAAACAGAUGGUGCGAGACGUGGUGCUCCAAAGAUUGGCUAGCACAAGCCAAGACGAUAGACCUGUGUCAGAAUCCCAAGAUCAAAUCGACCAAAUUGGAGAGGGCGAGGCAGAUUCCCGAAUGGACGGCAUACGACGAAGAAGUGGCACGCUUAGCAAGUCGAUUGGCGGGGCAAGACAAGCUGGGGAAGAAUGUAGUGGUGGAUAAGCAAGAGAGUGUAAAGGAGAAGGAGGUAGAGUUGGAGACGAGUGCAAACUUUGCGCACGAGACGGUGCACCAUGACGAACUUUGA